ACGAGCGAGAAAGAGGCAGACGAGCGGAGAAGAGGCAGACGAGCGAGAAAGAGGCAGACGAGCGAGAAAGAGGCAGACGAGCGAGAAAGAGGCAGACGAGCGAGAAAGAGGCAGACGAGCGAGAAAGAGGCAGACGAGCGAGAGAGAGAGAACGAGGCAGACGAGAGAGAGAGAGAGAGAGAGAGCGAAGCAGAAGAGAGAGAGAGAAGAAGAGCGAGAGAGAGAGAGCAGAAGAGCGAGAGAGAGAGAGGCAGAGCGAGAGAGAGAGAGGCAGAAGAGCGAGAGAGA